AUGUCCACACAUACAUCAAAGAAAAAAUUCAUUAUUGCAGUUUUAGAGUUUGAAGUUCCAAGGUUUAUUCAUAUUUAUUUCCACUUAACUAAGGACCAGAUAGAUUUUAUUAGUGAUAUAAUACUUGAUAAUAUUCAUGAAAAAGCUGACAUUAUUCAUGAUAUGGUUGAAGCAGAUUUAAAUAUUUCUUUGGGGAUAGAUGUUAUUCGUGAAAUUUUUAGAAGAUAUCGAGAUUUAGCAAAUGUUUAUGAUCAUUUAAAAAUACCACAUGAAGAAGUUUGUCCAUAUGGAGAUGCAGAAUGUUGUCCUGAUGAUUUAUGUUCACUUUGGCAUCCAGCUAAGUCAACCUUAACUUUGGUACCAGAAAAUAGAGUUCCAACUUUAUGUUAUGCUGAUGAUUCAACACUUCCAACUGUCUAUCCAGAUUUUUUGAGACAAUGCACUUGUUUUGACUCGAUGUGUAUUAAACGUCACCAAACCUCAAAUCACUUAUGUAGAAACGGAGGUGAAUGUCCAAGAAUUAAUUGCACUUACUAUCAUGAUUAUUCUCAAGAUUGCAAAUAUGGAAGUUCUUGUAGAUAUGAAGAUUGUCCAUUUAAUCAUGAAAAUUGUCCUCAAUCUUGGAUUGUUAAUAAUUAUGAGGCUCAACCUUGGAAUACUAAUAGAUAUGAAACUCAAUCUUGGAAUGUUAAUAGUUACGAUGAUGAAGAUAGUUAUAGUGGUAGGGCUAGCUUGUUAUCAGACCCAAUAGAAAAGUUCGUUCAGGAAGCUGUCAAGUCAUGUAGAUUGUCUUCUUAA